GUAUUUCAAACGUUCCUUUCCACUUCGACAUGAUUCGUUUUAUUCUGAUACAAAACAGAGCCGGCAAGACUCGCCUUGCCAAAUGGUUCAUGCCUUUUGAAGAUGACGAGAAACAGAAGCUCAUCGAGGAAGUCCACGCUGUUGUUACCGUUCGUGACGCCAAGCACACGAAUUUCGUAGAGUUUCGUAGUUUUAAGAUUGUCUAUCGACGAUACGCUGGUCUCUAUUUCUGUAUCUGUUGUGACGUCGAAGGCAACAACCUUGCCUACCUAGAGGCAAUCCACAAUUUCGUCGAAGUUCUCAAUGAAUACUUCCACAACGUUUGCGAGCUUGAUCUCGUCUUCAACUUUUACAAGGUUUAUGCUGUUGCUGACGAGAUGUUUUUGGCCGGUGAGAUCAGAGAGACGAGUCAAACAAAAGUUUUGCUACAACUACAACUUCUGGCGCAGAUGGAGUAGCCCGAGAGACGAGCAUAGGUGACUGCCGAUCGUCUACUGACAAAACGUCUUGACAAAGUGGAGAAAUUGGUCAUGAGUCUAGUAACAGGGCUGAACAGCUUGAAAGAGGUUAGUUAUGAGUGGCUAUUCACUCUGUUAUUGCAUGCAUGUUGUCUGUAUAUGAAUAUGUACUGUACUGCGAUUGAAGAAAUUUAUAUAUCCAUCUACAGUCUAGACAUAUAAUUGACGAGCGAAGCGACUCUCUCUCUCUUGUCAUUUCAAUUGAGCUUGAGAUAUAUUAUAUUUAUACAUUUAUAUAUUUAUUGGCAAGAGAAGCGAGCCUUUCUCUUGUGUCAAUUGAGGUCGA